UGACAGAGUGACAGGUCGUUUGACGAGUUCAGCUGUUUUUUACCUUGUUCAUCUCGAAGACGGCUGUUUACCUUAGUAACUUGUGAGGUAUGUCUAUUGAAGUAUAUGAGACCUAUGAUAGGUACAUUCUCAAAUGUGCCGAUAGCACACUGUGGUGCAGCCGACUAACUGGAAGUCUUGAGGUUCAUCCAGCAUCAAUGUUGGAGAAAGCUUGGCAUCCUCAGUGUAGAGGCUGUGUCCAUGCUGUAGUGGGAAAAUUAAGAUUUUCACCAAAAUCUCACUGGAAGUUGAUAUUAGUCGGUCACUCUGUUCCUGUUGCUAGGCAACCUCAUUGGAAUGGAGAAAUCUUUAGAAUUAACAAGAUUGUGUCACUUAGUCUUUCACUACCUUCACAGGGAGGGAGAGACAGUGCUGUUAAUGAAGAACAGCAUCAGAACCAGAAAACAGCAAAUGCUUGCCAACAGGAAUUGUUACAACAAUAUGAGAAAAUUAGUGACCAGAAACUCAACAAACAAGAAAAGAUUGAGAAACGUCUAGAAGAAGAACUUCAUCGAAUGUUCACAGGAUCAGAGUCCUUUUACUUCUCAUUUACUGCUGAUUUGACAAACUCAAUGCAACGGCAGAUGCUCAGCAGCCACGACAAAUUGAAACCAUUAUGGAAGCAAGCAGACAAAAGGUUUUUCUGGAACUAUGAAAUGCUCAAUGAGCUAAUAACUGCAUCUGAAACACAUGGUACCACAGCAAGUGUCAUUGAUCAAUGGAUCAUUCCAGUUGUUCAAGGAUUUGUCCAGUCAGAGGUGUGUACAUUACCUCACUCUCGUCAAACUUCUCCAGAACCUCAAGCAUUUAGUAACAGUCCAAAAUCUAGUCCCAAACUCAAACGUCAAUCAGCUCCUGUUUCUUUUUCAGGUCAUACAAAUGAUUCAUUUGAUCUCGUUAUCAUUUCUAGGAGAAGUCGAUAUCGUGCUGGCACAAGAUACAAACGUCGAGGAAUUGACAAGCAUGGCCACGUGGCAAACUAUGUAGAAACUGAAUUCAUUGUCAACAAACCACCAAAUAUUGCUUCCUUUGUUCAAGUCAGAGGUUCUAUUCCUGUCUUCUGGAGCCAACCGUGCAUUAAAUAUCGACCUGCACCAAGACUCCAUGGAACAGAGGAGGAAAACAGGGAAGCAUUUGCCACACACUUUGGUGAACAGUUGAUGCUGUAUGACUGGAUUGUGUCUGUCAAUCUUGUUGACAGGACAGGAAGAGAGAGAGCAAUUGGAUUAAUGUAUGAGAAGCAGGCAGCUGUUUAUAACAAUGAGAAUCUGUUCUUUUUGUCUUUUGAUUUUCACGAGUAUUGCAAAGGAAUGCAUUAUGAACGAAUCCAAGUUUUAGUUGAAAACCUCCGCAACAUUAUCUCACGGAUGCGAUUCUGUUGGGUGGGUGACAGGAAGGGUUUACUGUCAAAACAAACUGGUGUAUUUCGAGUCAACUGCAUGGACUGUUUGGAUCGAACCAAUGUUGUACAGUCUGCAUUUGCUCGUGCUACCUUACACUCAAUUCUAUGCAAAUUUGGUCUACUGGAUCCAGAAGAGCGCCUUCCACAUGCCUGCCAGACACUAUAUCAAGAGAUAUGGGCAAACAAUGGAGAUGCAAUCAGUCGCCAAUAUGCAGGUACAGAUGCUCUGAAAGGAGACUUCACUAGAACUGGAGAAAGACGGUUUGCUGGCAUGGUGAGAGAUGGCAUGAAGUCGGCCAAUCGUUAUUAUGUCAGUCGAUUUAGAGACACGUACCGUCAGCUGGUUAUCAACACAAUGCAAGGAAGUUGUGUUAUGGAUGAUUUUGUUAACAUUGAACCAGAAACAGAUGUGGAAAAAGAAGAUGAGCAAUGGACAAUGCAGAAGGAGGCAAGUCUUGUGUCUUUAGUCCAGUGUUGUAAGAAGAGACUAAUAGAUGAUUCAGAAAUGUCUGGUACUAAAGGUUGGGCUCUCGUUGUCCCAUCUGCCUUUCGUGUUGACAGCAAAGGAGAGGAUGAAGACGAGGACGUCAUUCUGUUGAUGACAGAAAGCUCAUUUUACAUUGUACGAUAUGACGAGACAAAUGACGAAGUGACUGAAUAUGAACGUCUUCCACUGGAUGAAGUGAAGGAGGUUGUGAUUGGUGGUGAGAAAAGUCGAGGUGGUAGGCAUUGUAUUCAAUUUAAUUGUGGAGAUAACACAUUGAAAACAUUCACAACUGUCAGAGCACAUCACCAGACCAGAGACGUGAUGAUAACGUUGCUAGAGAUAGCAGAGACUUUCACAACUCUACAGAAACAACAGGGUGACGUAAAGGCACCAGUUAGUAGACAGGUAGUGUUGCAGACAAAGAGUGAGAAGAGCAGAAGAGCAGGAAUAGGUCGAGUUAUUCAACUAACACAGAAAUAUCUCCUCAAAGAGAGUCUAUGGAAACGAAACAAAUCAAAAUCCAAAAGUGUUAGUGGUGAGCAAGUUGUAGAAAGCAAACGAAGUUUGGAUGACAAGGUGAAGGAUGAAGAGCAGGAAGAUGACAAAGACAGUGAGAAUUAUGUUCUGGAAGAGACUGCUGUUGACGACAUGAGACAAAGAACAGGAGUUAUAUCAAGAGAUCAAUUGUCUCUUCUCCACAGCUCAAUGAAAGCAAGUCUCACUCAGAAACAUUCGAACACAAAAGAAGAAGCCACAAAAAGUGUUUUCUAUGUCAGUAACACUGAAAGCAAAUUGGACGAUUACUCUGUAGAGCAUAGACAGAGAACAGGAGCUGCAUCGACAAGCCAUCUCUCUGCCACUCAUGCUCUUAUGAAAAAAAGACAAAGCCAUGUAAAUGUGACGACAGAAUGUUUGGUGGAUGAUGAAAGCAGUGGAAUAGAAUUGGGUUCCACAAACAAAAUCUGCCAGGAGGUCACUUUACAGGCAGGAGAGGAAGUCACAACCACUGCUGAUGGCCAGCAUAAUGUUGGAAUUGAAGUUGCAGACAGCACAGGCAAGACUAGUCCAGCAUUUCCAAGUAGUGACAAUGAUGGUGAUGAUAAUGAUGGUGAUGCAGUAGCUUCUGCCAGUUGUCCAGAUGUACCAGAGAAUGUAGUAAAGGCCGCUCGUAGAAUGUCAAGAACUAACUUUUUGACUAUUUUUUGAGCUGAUCAUCUAUUUUGGUGUAUUGACAUCUAUCUUCGUUGUAUUGACGAUACUUGACCAUUUGUGUAUUGAUUUACUAAAGCAUUACUAGUAGUAAGUACUUGGAGUUAUCCAACAAGCAUCAUUUACAAAUACAGAGCAAACAAACAAUGACCUU